AGUGUGACCGUGCGCAUUAUUAUUUUCACGUGUGGCACGCAAACGAGCCAAAAAACCAAGCGGCUAUUUACACAAACAAAUCGCACGCCCAACAGUGAGAGCAGCCGGUGACCACCGGUAACGGGAGUAGCUGCAGUUAAUCCGACAGGCCCAACGAAUUCGCCCGCUAAUUGGCGGCGUUCCUCUAGCCGGAACAACAAGAAGAAGAAGCACGUGUGCGGCGUGCCAAAGAGAAGGGAAAAUAAACAAGCAGGCCAGGCCAAGGAGCAUAAGCAGAAUCCGCAUCCGGAGGACAUGGUGCCCAUCGGAGCCGUGCACGGCGGCCAUCCCGGCGUAGUGCAUCCGCCACAGCAACCCCUGCCCACGGCGCCCAGCGGCCCAAACUCGCUGCAGCCGAACUCGGUGGGCCAGCCGGGGGCCACCACCUCAUCGAACAGCAGCGCCUCCAACAAGAGCUCGCUCUCCGUCAAGCCCAACUACACGCUCAAGUUCACGCUGGCCGGGCACACCAAGGCGGUGUCGGCGGUCAAGUUCAGUCCGAACGGCGAGUGGCUGGCCAGCUCCUCCGCUGAUAAACUAAUCAAAAUCUGGGGAGCCUACGAUGGCAAGUUCGAGAAGACCAUUUCGGGCCACAAGCUGGGCAUCAGCGAUGUGGCCUGGAGCUCAGACUCGCGACUCCUCGUGAGCGGCAGCGAUGACAAGACGCUCAAGGUCUGGGAGCUGAGCACCGGGAAGAGCCUGAAAACCCUGAAGGGCCACAGCAACUAUGUGUUCUGCUGCAACUUUAAUCCGCAGUCCAAUCUGAUCGUCUCCGGCAGCUUCGACGAGAGCGUUCGCAUAUGGGAUGUGCGCACCGGGAAGUGUCUGAAGACCCUACCCGCCCAUUCCGAUCCCGUUUCGGCGGUGCAUUUCAAUCGCGAUGGCUCGCUGAUCGUCAGCAGCAGCUACGACGGCCUCUGUCGCAUAUGGGACACGGCCAGUGGUCAGUGCUUGAAAACCCUGAUCGACGACGACAAUCCGCCCGUCAGCUUUGUGAAGUUCUCGCCCAACGGCAAGUACAUCUUGGCCGCCACGCUGGAUAACACGCUCAAGUUGUGGGACUACUCGAAGGGCAAGUGCCUGAAGACGUACACGGGUCACAAGAACGAGAAGUACUGCAUAUUCGCCAACUUCUCGGUGACGGGAGGAAAGUGGAUCGUGAGUGGCAGCGAGGACAACAUGGUCUACAUCUGGAAUCUGCAGAGCAAGGAGGUGGUGCAAAAGCUGCAGGGACACACCGACACCGUUCUGUGCACCGCCUGCCAUCCCACGGAGAACAUCAUUGCCUCCGCGGCGCUCGAGAACGACAAGACCAUCAAGCUGUGGAAGUCGGAUACAUAGAGUGGCUGGUAUCCAGCUGGAGGACGCGCGAUCGGAACACACACAUACAUUUCUUGGAUAAUAUUAUUAUAAUGCGGAUCGCCUAAUCGUAAUUGUAACACCCCCACACCCCCCACCACACCCCUUUUUUUUGUACGCAUAAUUUAGAAAAA